CGCACGUGACGUAUAUAUUUAAGCUAGUCUAUAAGCAUCUAGCGCGGACGUUCAUCCCAUCGCAUCGCGAUUUUGAGUCGAGAACGCGACGAACUGAGCUCAGGUAGAGUUAAAUCCAACACCAGCAAGCCUACAGGCCGUCGCAAACUCGACACUCAACAUUAUAUACGGUCUAAGCGCAGUGUAUGCAAGCUGUGGCUUUACAACGCCAGCCGACUACGAUUUUAUUUCCCCAAUUGGCGCUAAAUCGCACCCCAAACUUCACAAGGGCGUGCCAUCGACGCACAGCUUAGCCAGCUCUCAUUAAGUCGGCCGAGCAAUUUGCAUGCGUAACAAGACAAAAUGACCGCCAAAGCACCGCCCCAGGCUUUUAUUUCUAGCUAUGCUCCACGACUACGGACAUACGCCAACUCCCUCCUCACACCAAUAUUACAACCUGCGGCAGCGGUUGCGACUCCAUCGUCAAGAACAACGAAACGAGGCACAACAGCCAUUAACUACGCUGAAGAUGGGUUUGAAGAUUACGAUGAAGAUGACGAUGAAGGACGGCGCAGGCCCACGGGUUUGAGGAGCUUAAGGAGGGAGGAGACCCUACAGGCAAAGCAAGACGUCGCGGACAAAUUUGGAAAGGAAGCAACAGAACCAGUCGAGGUUCAAGGAGUAUGGCGUGAAUGGAUGGGCAAGGCUCGUUCAGGGAAGCCAGACCUCCAAGCACACUCGCAGGCAUCGUUGCCUCUCACUCUCGUCCCAAUUCGCAUCGACGUCGACAUUCCAGCCUUCAUUCCACAGGCCCCUCUUCCUCUGCCAUCAGGCGCAGCUUACAAUAAUAUCGAUCCCUCAUUACCAGUAUAUCGCACACCAGAUGUCACAGUACCCUACCGACUAAAGGAUAUCUUCCUAUGGAACCUCCAUGAGACUCUUACCACCACGGAUCAGUUCGCGCAAUGCAUGGUGCAAGAUCUGGACCUUCCGAACCGCCAGGCGCUGGCGAUGGAGAUCAGCAAGCAGAUCCGCACGCAGCUUGAAGAAUAUGCCGGUGUUGCCCUCCACCCUCUCUUUCACUCCCAGCAGACACCUGCUGCCAAUGGAACUGCUAUCAAAACGAUUCGGGCAAGUACCGCGUCGCGUGACCAUUCCGCCCCUGCCGUCAGCGGGCGAGGGACUCCUCUACAUGCGCCUCACCUGUCAACAAAUGGAUUCUCCACGCCGGUAAAGGCAGUUACACAAGAAGUUACAGCGUCGGCGGUUCCCAUAUCACAAGAUGCUGACGACUACAACCCGGACGACACGUAUCGUUGUAUCAUCACCUUAAACAUUAAUCUCUCCAACAACCUCUACACAGACAAGUUUGAAUGGUCCCUACUGCACCCGCCUGGAACCGCUGAAGUCUUUGCGAAACAAACAUGCGCGGAUAUGGGACUCUCUGGGGAGUGGGUGCCAGCAAUGACACACGCAAUCUACGAAGCUGUACUCCGCCUCAAAAAGGAAGCUUGCGAAUCAGGGGGACUCGUGGGUGGAUACGGCGGCGAAAUCCCCAACGAAGCCGUACACGGUCUCGAAGCCGGUUGGAGAUACGACAACGAGCACCUAGCCGAUGAAUGGGAGCCCAAGGUCGAAGUCCUCAGCAAAGAAGAGAUCGAGAAGCGAGAAGGCGACCGCGAGCGCCAGAUCCGCCGCAUGCGCCGCGAGACGGCUCGAUUCUCGAGUAACACGGGCAUGCUAGGCGGCAUGCCGCAAUCGGGCGGCCUAGGAUUUUUCGACCCGGGAGAGCCGACGGAGGAGCGGAUGGGUCGUGGUGAGCGCAGCAAGAAGAAGCGGCGCUUCCGUAGCUUGAGUCCGCUUGGUCGCUCGGGGACUCCGGGAGGGAGAGGCACGCCGGAUACGGGCUCGGGUGUUGCGGGGUAUGGGGGUGGUGGUGGCUUGAAUGAUUAUGAGAGGACUACUUGGCGGUGUGCGCACUGUCGGGUCUGGGGAACGGCUGUGUGGGGUGUGAGGGAUGGGCCUGCUGGCACAAGGACACUUUGCAACAACUGCGGUUUCUUGUAUGAGCGUGACCGGAAUUUGCCUGCCUGGACAAAAGACUUGCACAAGAGUGAUUUACGCGCGACCGAUUACCGGUAAGAGGUUGGCGGAUUGGAUUGGUGGAAGAAACUUCAUCGCCACAGGCAUUGUUGUGUGUUAUAGAGAACCGGGAAUUUCGGGGCUUGGGGAAGGCUGGGUAUGGGAGCAUUUAGGCGUUAUUGUUGCGGGCGGUUCGCUGAUGGGAGCAAGGUUUGAAGUGUCUAGGAGGGACACACUGCGCGUAAUGCACUUGUAUCAACAUAUAGGUAGUGAGCAGGACUUGGAGCAAAAUAUCAAGAAAUUUGA